AAAGCAAUCAAAAACCAUCAUGGCGGAUUUUGAUACAUCUUCGAUUAUACGUGCGGAUGUUCUUAACAUCCAACAUCAAUCUAUUCAAGAGGAAAUGGAGAAUGUAGCACGAGACAGGGGUGGAUCAGAUAACCAUGGUCAUCGUGGAAACCAGCCUCGACCCAGGGUCCCUACUGACCUGCGUGCCAGUCACAAUGCUUCUGUCAGGCCAACUGUACGAAACCUUCAAAUGAUGAACACCCCGCAUUUUUAUGACUCCAUAGAAACGGAUGCAGACAGUAUAAAAAUAUCUCAGAAAAAAAUCUCAAAGCAAAAAAUCAAGCAGUCCAAGAGACUUCCACAUUGGCUGUGGGUAAUAAUAGUCCACAUUCUGGGAAUAAAUCUUCCAAACCCAUACCUGUCUAGAGCAGUAUUUGGCAUAACGGUCUUAUCAGCAGCUUGUUAUACCUUCCUAGGAGUGCUGUACACAGCCUAUGACAUUUCCAGCAAGAAUUCUAAGACUACGGGUUCAAUUGGCUUCAUUUCCUUGCUGAUUGGUUUUUCCUGGCUAUGUCUGGGUAUAUACUCGUUCAGGCUGGCGGGGCGGCUGUUUAGUGACGAGGAUUUCGCGGCCAGUGUUCGGACACAUUCCAGGACCUUGCUACGUAUCAGCACAGUCCUACUGUUGAACAUUCUGGGCCUGGGUUUCACAGGCUUGAAUCUUUAUUGCUCCUACGAGCUGUAUACACAAGACUACUGUGAGACUAUUUCACUUCACAGUAUUGUGUGCACCACCACCUAUGUCAGUAGGGUGGUGUUUUCUGUGCUUGCUAUGGCCUGGAACAUGCUGGUAGGGUGCGUGCUUCUCUCAGUCUGCAGGACACACACAAUAGGCAUACGUCGGUUCAUGCGCGACCUGGAGGAAGACGGCCGCCAGUAUGAGAAGUACUGGAAACAGAAACUGUUGAAGGCCAAGGUGGGCCAAUACCACAGGGACACCUCCACCAUACUCAACAACCAUGAGUGGUUUUUGAUGGAAGAGCAAGAUAACAUACUGAAUGAAAUUAUGCGUGGAAGUGGGAGUAGAUCGGAACAGCCUGUUGCCCCUAGUAACAUUCAAGAACAAACAGGGGGUAACUCAGAACAGCCAGAUGAACCGGUUUCAUUUGGUCCUGAAGGCAACAGCUUACUGCCUGCACCAAGAAAUAAUGCUCCUGCAGAAUCGAUUGAGUCAAGCAUGGAGAGCCAGACCUCCCGGGACGAUGAUGGACCCCUGAUUAUGACUGAUGAUGAGCUUUUACUGUGCUACUGGAAAAUAUCAAGUCGUAUGCGCUAUGUGUCCCAGUCCCUGCAGCGUUGGCUAGCCAGCUGGAUGGCCUUUGUGUUGAUCUGGGCUGCAGACUACGUCAUCUAUUGGCUCAGCCACUCUCCCAGCAUCCUCGAGAUUAUUGAGUUCCUUGCGCCCAUGCUUCUGCUUCUCGUGCUUGGAUCAGCCUACGCAGAGGCCAACGGGGAGGGGCAGAGCAUGAUAAGCUGUAUCUGCCCCACCAAGGACCGCUACAACUUGAUGGGGUUCCUGCAUACUCAGCCCCUUCAGAUGCAGGUGUUCAACAUGUCCAUCUCUUACCGUGCAAUUCUCACAGUGCUGCUGGCGUUUGCUGUGGCCUUCGCCUCUCGACUGAUACUUGACGAGAUUUCCAAGACUUAACAGUAUCCCGCUUGAAAACAUAGUGAAAACAGCUCUAAGCAAACAGCAUAACACUAGUUUCCCACUCAAACUG